UCCUUAAUUCUUCAACAGCCCAUUUAUUCAAACCGUCCUAUUGGUUACUGGUAAAUACUCAUAACUAUAAAAGAAUCCUGCUAAGUUUGGUUGUGUAUUCCGAUCCAAAAUGUCGAAAAUAAUAUUCGCAUUAUUGGUACUCAUCAGUGUUGUCAGUUACGGUACCAGCCUAACAUGCUACGAAUGUGACACAGACGCGAGAGUCGAUUGUAAAAAUCCAAAGACGGAUUCUUGUCGAAACGACCAAGAAAAGUGCGCAACUUUAGCAAUACCAGAUCAGAAAUAUUACUUCAAAGGUUGCAUGAAGGAGAAAAAAUCCCUAUGUGAAAAAAAGAAUAAAAAGGGCGAAAAGAAGUUUCCAAUAUGCGAAUUCUGCGAUAAAGAUAACUGUAAUUCCAAAAAGUUCGAAUAAAAUUUGAAAUGAUAGCCUAAAAA